AACGGAGGAACUGAGAGUCGACAGAGGAACCGAGACAAACUUUUAUUUAUUUUUUUAUUAUUGGCUUAUGGCGUCGGUUAAGGCCGACAGUAGGUUUUUAUUUUAAUAGUUUAGUUGUUAGUUGAUGUCGGUUAGAACUGCCAUCAUGUUAGAAUUUAAUGGCGCUUUUAAGCGACACUGUUAUUUUUAUUUUAUUUUAUAUUACUUUGCUUCUUGGUGGCGGAUUAAGGGGACUAACCGACGUUAAUACCCUUUUCGUGACGCUAGUGAUGGUGUCGGUUUCCCUAUCCGACAUUGCAUGAUUUUAUGUCUGAUUUUUGGUAAAAAUCCAACAAUAAUUAGGGUUUCUUAUCGGUUUUUACAUCGCCAGUGAUAACCUCUUCUGUAGUAGUGCCAAACUGAAACAAAACACCCCCCCCCCAAAAAAAAAAAAAACCAUCAAAUCCGCCAUGGAAAACGGCACCUCGAACCACCAAGCUGUACUAGUAUUGGACACUAAUUCUACAACAAUCACAAUUAAAGGCAUCCUCAGCUUGCUACUGCAGAAUGUCGAUGAAAACGACGGCAGACGGCUGAUUUCUUUGGGCAUGGGCGACCCGACUGCCUUCUCUUGCUUCCACACGACACAUGUAUCGCAGGAAGCCGUCGAUGCCCUCCAAUCCGACAAGUUCAAUGGCUAUGCUCCCACUGUUGGUCUUCCUCAAACCAGAAGAGCAAUUUCUGAAUAUCUGUCCCGUGACCUUCCAUACAAGUUAACAUCUGAUGAUGUUUUCGUCACAGCUGGUUGCACGCAAGCUAUUGAUGUUGCGUUGGCUAUGCUUUCUCGCCCUGGUGCCAAUAUCUUGCUUCCAAGGCCUUGCUUCCCUAUCUAUGAACUUUGUUCUGCUUUUAGACUUCUUGAAGUUAGACAUUUUAAUCUCCUGCAAGAGAAUGCCUGGGAGGUUGACCAUGAUGCUGUUGAAGCUCUUGCAGAUCACAACACGGUUGCAAUGGUAAUUAUAAACCCUGGGAAUCCUUGUGGGAAUGUGUACAGUUACCAACAUCUGGAGAAGAUCGCAGAAACUGCAAAAAAGCUUCGAAUUCCUGUAAUUGCUGAUGAAGUUUAUGGGCAUCUCGCCUUUGGGGAUAAACCAUUUGUGCCAAUGGGUGUUUUUGGAUCAACUGUUCCGGUUCUUACUCUUGGGUCCCUGUCAAAGAGAUGGAUAGUUCCUGGAUGGCGACUUGGUUGGUUUGUGACGACUGAUCCAUGUGGCAUGUUUGGAACACCAAGGUUUAUUGAGCGCUUUAAGAAAUAUUUAGACAUUUUGGGAGGGCCUGCAACUUUCAUUCAGGCAGCAGUUCCUCGCAUCCUUGAAGAAACCGAAGAGACCUUCUUCAAGAAAACUCUCUAUUUCCUGAAGCAGUCCUCAGACAUUUGCUGGGAUAGGAUAAAUGAGAUCCCUUGUCUUAGCUGUCCAAGCAAACCAGAAGGAUCCAUGGCCGUAAUGGUGAAACUAGACCUUUCACUACUGGAAGAUAUUACUGAUAAUAUCGAGUUUUGUUUCAAGCUUGCGAAAGAGGAAAGCAUGAUCUUUCUUCCAGGAAUAGCAGUAGGUCUGGACAACUGGAUACGCAUUACAUUUGCUGCUGAUCCAUCUUCCGUUGAAGAAGCUUUGAGGAGGACAAAGUCUUUCUGUCAAAGGCAUGCCAGAAAAUUAUCGCUAUAUGACACAAAUGCCAUCAACAAGAAAUGCUGAUGCCAUUUGUGAUGUUUUUACUUCUUGUAUGCCACUGUCAAUUUGUAAUGAAUUACUAAUAAUGCAUCGUACGUGUCUUGGAUGCUACACC